AUGGCGGUCCUCAAAGAUGCGGCCCGCAAAGGCGACACCGCUGAAGCCCAAUUUGCCCACAUCCUCGACGACGCCAGCAAAUUGUACUCCUCGUCCGACUCGGACUCGUUCAAGAAACUCGCAGAUUUUCUCAAUCCGCCCCUACAUAACGUCAAAGACCUCGUCUCUCAGGUCGAAAAGCAAAAUGGGCAGUUCGCGCAGUUCCGCGAGAAACGGCAGUCAGUCUUCAGCGCCCUCGCCGCCUGCCUUGACCCUGUUGAACAGAUCGGCCAGAUUGUGAGCGGUGCUGCGCAAGACACUUUUGCGCCUGCUGAAGGCAUCUUCGGCGCGGUCGCCUACCUAAUCGGUGCUGCGCGUGAUGUUUCUUCGGCAUAUGAUACAAUUGUCGAAUUAUUCGAGCUUCUAAAAGACUUCACAUCACGACUGGAUGUCUACGUGCAAUACCGCAUGGGAAGCGCAUUACGGAACAAAGUCGUCACUAUCCUAGCACAGCUAUUCGAGGUUUUCGUCCUCGCUGCAAAAGAGAUUCGCCGUGGCCGCUUCAAAGCCUACUUCAGAAACCUCGUCGGCAAGGGAACGCCUGUUCAGGAGGCACUAGAUAAUCUGAAAGCCCUCAACAUUGGUGAGGAAAGGCAAGUUCUCGCAGAUACCUAUGGAGGCGUCAGCAAACUCAAUGUCGCGACGGAAAAUAUGCAGAGCAAAUUGGACGAGAUGAACCGGACCAUGAUGCAGAUACGCUCCGAGGGACGAGAGCGCACCGUCGCUGCACAUCAAGACAAGCUCAAGGAAAUCCUAGAUCCUUCGCCGUUUCCUGUUGAUUUCUUCAACAUGUUCAACAAGUCCAGAGCAGAAUCGACGGGUGACUGGAUCCUUACAGAUGGGGGGUUCAGAGCCUGGCUCGACAAAAUGACAAACUUUCUUUGGAUAACCGGCGCAUCAGGUACUGGAAAGUCAUUCCUUACCACUCGCCUCAUCUCUUGGGGCUCUGACAGGAUCCCUCGCCUGGCGUACUUCUACUUCCGCGACAACAACCCAGAAACCCGUUCAGUCCUCCAAGCUCUACGCGACGUCGCCUAUCAGCUUAGCGAAAGUGACCCCUUCUACGCAAAGCAACUCCUUAGGGGCGUGCAGAAUAUUGAUGAGAUCCGCACAAUCCCCAGUGCCUACCGCAAACUCUUUGUUCAACCGUUCCAGGAAGAGGCACAGCCCAAAACUAUUUACAUCUUCCUCGAUGGUAUCGACGAAGCGGACUCUGAAGGUGUACAGGAACUGCUGGAACAGCUAGGCUCGAGCGACGAGUCAGUUCGAAGGCCUAAACAUGUCACAAUUCAGGUCGCUCUUAUUGGAAGAACGUACAUGACCGAGACAGUGACAUAUACCCUCGACCCAGACAACCGCGGCAGCCAAGUCAUAACAACUCUUCAUGUUACGCCCGAUCGCAAUGCGGAAGACGUCAAGCUCUACAUUGAAGACAGCGUCUGGCACCUCCGCAACCUCAGCCGUACACCUCCCGACUUCCGACAAAAGAUCAUUGACGCCAUGAUCAAACAAGCAGACGGGCUUUUCAUCCUCGCCAAGUUCAUGAUUGAAGACAUAAGCCGCAAGCGACACCCCCAAAGCAUUCUCACAAGUCUGCAAUCGUAUCCCAAGGAGAUCAACGGAAUUAUCGCACAGACACUAAAGAGCCUUUCCGAAACUCUUUACGAAGACCAAACAAGAGAUCUGAACGAGAUGCUGCAGUGGGCUGCGUGUGCAGAGGAAGUUUUGUCCCUGGAACAAUUGGAGGCCGUGCUCAUCAUGCGCUUCGGCGACCCGCCGUUCCAUCUUGAAGAAACGCUGCGCGGUCAAUAUGCGUGCUUCUUUGAACUCGAGCGCGAAGAUGGAUUGACGACAGAUGAUCUCAUCCGCGAGCACGAGAAACAGCAACGCAUCAAGAAUGGAGAUCUCGGCUCCGGAAGACGAUCGAGUUCAGCAAGUCGGCCGGGCUCCGGGAGAAGCGGAAGUCCAAAGAGUCCGACAAUCUUUGGUCGCCAACCCGGAACACCCGAUCUUGCACGGAAUCUCUCUCCUUUGCGACGUGCAAGCCCCACGCAUGGAUUGAGUCCCGUACGGGGCAGCCCCGGCCGUGGUGUCAGUCCAGCAGCCAACUCUGAUUUGUUCGAUCCCAUGAGCGACAUGGACUUUCGAUCGAGCAAGACCAACACCUGGAUUACUUUCUUCCACUCUUCCAUAAAGGGUUUCUUCAGCACAGAGAACUCUUCCAAGUACGGUACGGGAAUUGGUUUCGACCCUCUUGUCUCGCGCAUCCACAUUCUCAAGACAUGUCUCUCAAUCUUUACCAACAAAGCAGGUUUCGAGAAAUAUCGUCUUAGUCCCAGUGGUCGCGAGUCAAUAAAACAAUACUCUGCAUGGUACUGGCAGGAACAUCUGGCCGUGCUCGACCCGGCCACCGUCCCUGCACCCGACAAGAAAGUGCUUGGCGAGUAUGUGUACAAAAUGCUCACCGACGACAACAUCAUCCUCGACUGGACUCUCAUGUACGAGAAGAACGACGAAGGUCUCGAAGUUCUCACAGACGCCAACAUGAAAGGUCUGAAGAAAUGGAUAGCUGACCCCGACGUCCUCGCCUCUUUGAGCCCCAAAGCUCGCGAGUGGGCAAGCAAAGCCGUUAAGGAAUCUCCGGGCAUCUUCAAACCUAUCGGCGAUCUGUAUGCCCGCGCAUGGCUGUCCGAGGACUUCAAAAAGUACGUCCCCACGCUUUUCUGCUUCAAGAUCGUCCAGUCCAUCGCCUUUAUGCAAGAUGGAUACUCGUGGUCAGACUGCAACACGCACUGGACCGAGAUCCCCGUCGAUAAGCGAAUCGUCAAGGCCUCAGAGUGGGCAAAAAUCCCGGAGACUGCGCAUUGGCACCGACGAUGCGGAAGCACAUACCUCACAAAUGGCAUGCACAAUAAGGCCCUUGGACAUUAUGAUAGGGCACUUGCUCUCGACAAUAACAGCGUCGAGACUCGCGGUCGUAUCGCAUAUUGUCUCUCUCGGGACGGACGGUACAAGGAAGCGCUUGACCAAGCUCUCAAGUGUGAAAUUAUCGAGCGUGAAAGCAUUGAUAGCGGAAAGCUUGAUGAGCAGGCGUUAAAGAGUUGCAAGUGGCGCUUGUACAAGGAUCACAUCCUCAUUGCAUGCUGUUACGAGGAGCUAAACAAAGUUGACCAAGCACUCGAUUACUUCCUGAAAUCCAUGGUGAGCGCCAAAGACGUUGGUCUUGAUCGCAAAGAGUGCAAGGAGUACUUUGAGCCAGAGCUUGGGUAUCUCGAACUCGUGGCCACGGAGAACCGCCACGAAGCUGUGAUCAAAUUCCUCGAGCAAUUGUCUGAGCAAGUCACCGACGCUGAGCAGAACCGUACUCGUCUAGUAGACUUCCUGCUGGAGUUUCAUAACAAGCCUCUUGUUAUCGACUGGAUUCCCAAAGCAGCCAGCAAAGUUGGCGCUACGGAAUUUGUGUACGAUCGUUUGCUCUUCACAAUUGAUGUUGCCACCGUAUCACGCCUUCCCCUCAAAGCGCUUUACCUCCGCCUUUCGCUCGGAGCAACUUACACGUACAGUCGCGAUAUCGAGGCUGCGUUAGAUCUCUUUGAGGGUAUCACACAGCUUGGCUACCGCCCUCGUGGUAACGUCCCUACACGACAAGCUUACGCUCUUGCAUUCCAGAAGCUCGCGUCGCUGUACAAAGAACGCAUUCUCCAUGCUGGACUCAGGACAGCCGAAGCAGAGGAGUGGCUGAAAGAGCUAGAGAAGAUCAAGCACAAGCAGAAUCGGCACCAAAAUCACGAUAUGCCGAUUGAGAUGGUGGGAUCAGACGUCAAUAUCGCUGCUAUUUACAUGAUCCUCUUCAACAGGCUUUUGGAAAGAAGCUCUUCCACUGAUCGCGAUCUGCGCAAGCUUAUCAACGACAGUCUCGACAUUCUAUCAGAUGACGACGUGUCAAACGACGAAUACGCCCUGGAUAACCUCCUCGGUCUCUUCAUCGCAGCCGACGAUAUCGAAAAUGCCAUGGCCCUAAGCCAAUCCAUGCGCAAAGUCGACCCCAAGAUCCUGGCCUCCACCCCUGAAGACUCACCCAUCCUGCAACGUGUAGACCCCAAACUCCCCGAGAUCCAAACCAUGCGUCAAAACUGCGCGCAGUGCCUCGAUCUGAUCCCACCUUCGGAUGAGUACUACAUCUGCGAGUUCUGCAUGGAAACGUACGACACCAAGUGCAUGGCCGUUAUCAAGGGCGUUGGGAACAAGACGAGCGACCACAGGGACGACUUGAUCUGUAGGAGUGAUCACAAGUGGUUUGCCGUGCCGCCGCUGAGGAUGGUGCUGCAUAGAGGGGAGAUUCUGCUGCGGAGUGGGAAGGUGGCGAGUUUCGGGGAGUGGAAGGCUGGGUUGGAGCAGAAAUGGGGACGGCAGAUAAAGAAGUAG